GCAGGACGGCUCCCAGAACAGGCACGAGAAUUUGGGAAAUUACGAAAUUGCCCGCCCAAAACCUUUUUUUAAUUGCGGGCUCCCGGUUGAGUGGUUUCGCUUAUCUUGCGGGCGUCAAUCUUUUCAUUCGACCGAGGGCAACGGUAAGGCACGAUGCGUUAGUCUUCCGGUAGUUUGCGUAGCGUUCGCGUGUGGUUUCGCGCUUAGGCAGAUCACGAUCACCCAAUGUUCCACGCCGCUUAUCGGGCGUUGCAACGGUCCCAGCACAGCCCCGCGCCGGUACUCCUGCAUAAGCUUUCUGUCGGCGGAAGGAACCAGUUUUCGGUCGUGUCCCACCUGUACGGUGGUCUGGCAGGACAACGGAUAUUCGCAGGAAGUGUCAACAGUUGUAGGAAGUACACCCAAAAGUAUUCCAGAAUGCUGGUGUCGGGACAAAAUGAGGACAAAACGACACAACGGGGGCGCCCCAUCGAACCGGUCAGCUUUACCAAAAACAUGACGUUCUAUAGUAAUGAGAAAAAGGCGUACGAAAAGGAUGACCAGACUUUAAGGCUCAAGCAACCGCUCGAUAGACCGCUUGUAUUUAUAUUCUCAUGGUUGCAAGCCACUGAGAAACACCUGUCGAAAUACGCAGAGUUCUAUCUCGACCAAGGCUUCGAGGUGUUGAGCGUUCACAUUACCCCCUGGCAGUUGGUGUGGCCGGUCAAUGGUUCGCAAAAGGUGGCAGCCGAUGUGGUGAAGUUUCUCCUGAACAACGACUUCCCCGAGAAGAUCGUUCUGCACGGGUUCUCGGUCGGUGGCUAUCUCUGGGGCGAGUGCCUGGUGAAGCUGAACGCCGAUGUCACCGGGCGCCGAACGCUGGAGAAAAUCUGUGGCCAGGUGUGGGACAGUUUGGCUGAUAUUACGGAAAUUCCGGUCGGUGUGCCACACGCCGUGCUGCCGCGAAAUCCCACCCUUCAGGGUAUGCUGCGGAACUACAUAAACUACCAUCUGAAGCUUUUCCAUGACGAAGCGACUCAGUACUACGUGAAGUGUACGCAUCUCUUCCAUCACGAACCGGCCCGCUGCCCUGCCCUGUUGCUGGUAUCGAAAACCGAUCCCGUUGGCACGGAGACGGCCAACCGGAGACUGUGUGGCAUUUGGGAAUCGGUCGGGGUGAAGACGACACUCAAGUGUUGGGAUAAAUCACCUCAUGUGGGCCACUUCCACAAACAUCGGGACGAGUACGUGGAGUUGCUGCACGCGCACCUGCGCUCACUCAAACUGUCAAUGUACAGUCGCAAAGCUAAGCUGUAAUGACCUGGCGACAGCCCGGCAGGCUCGGGCAUCCGCCAAAAAGCGUCCUCUGUGAUUAGCGAGGAGUCCACGAAGGCAAGAUAGGGGCAUCGAGCAAAAAGAAGAUAAUCGAUUUACAGUCAGCUGAAUGGGUGUUCUGAUAAGCGCUGGCCCAGCUGGUGUGAAUACUAUCAUAACUUAGUCGCAGUGCUACAGCUGUUCUUUCUGCUUGGUAAUCCGGAUUACGUGAUUGAUAAGGUGUGUUUAUAUUUAGAUUUUCAGUUACCACAAACGUGCCCAAAAAUGUAUGAGAAGCAGUGGCAUUUUUAACAAUAAACUUGGACUUUGCGU